AUGAGCAGAGUACUUAAACGAACACCAAGUACAGGAACAAUGCAGAGUAACAUUUCAUCAAUUGAAGCCCCUAGCACAAUGAGUGCAAACACUUUAAAUCGUCCCGCUCAAGCUUCGCAAUCAUUAUAUCCACAAUGUCAAGAUCUUUUAGGAAGACUUUAUUGUGUAGAAGGAUUUGAAGAAUAUUUAAUACAAGGACGAAAUAGUAUGCAAAGCAACGGCUCAAUAGUCGGAACACCGACGUCUGAAAAUGGUCCUAGUAGUUUAAUUCUUAGAGAAGAUCCUGUAACUCUUUUAUGGCAGACUUUUCGUCUAGGUUAUCCUCUUUGUGCGCUCGUUAAUGCUUAUAAACCAAAAAAACCAUUAAAAGUUACAAUUGAAGAUUCAAAACCAAAAGCCUUUGUAUAUAAAUUUUUGGUUGCUUGUCAGGAGGAGUUUCAAUUAAAACCAGAACAACUAUUUACAAUCACACAAUUAUUUCAGGAUGAUACAAAUGGUUUCGUUAUGAUUGAAGAGAAAGGUCUUCUCAAUUUAUCUCGAAAAAGAGAUUGGGGAAGAUCAGAUCCAAAAAAACCCACUGAUAAUCGGGCUAGAGUAGUGCAUGAGUUGCUAGAAACUGAAAGAAAAUAUGUUCAGGAUAUGGAAGUUUUACAGAAUUAUGCUAGAGAGCUUCAGAGUCAAGACAUCGUUAGCGCGGAUACUAUUCAUUUACUCUUCGCUAAUCUUAAUCAAUUAGUUGAUUUUCAACGCCGCUUCCUUAUAGGUGUGGAAGCUACGUCUAGUGCAAGUCCAGAAGAGCAGCGUUUUGGCAGUCUGUUUAUACAAAUGGAAGAAAAUUUUGCGGUUUAUGAACCAUUUUGCGCAAAUUAUCAAUCUGCUUCCGACCUAGUUAUUCAAGAAUUACCGAACUUACAGAAAUUAUCCCAUGUAGUUGAACCAACAUAUGAACUACCAUCAUUAUUAAUUAAGCCUAUUCAACGUAUCUGUAAAUAUCCAUUAUUAUUGCAGGAAUUAUUAAAAUUUACUGAUAAAGAGGAUAAAUACUAUGAGGAAAUUAAGUGUGGUCUCAAUGCAAUCAAGCGUGUGGCCGAUCGUGUAAAUGAAACGCGGCGUCAACAAGAAAAUGCUGCUGUCGUUAAAGAUUUGGAGCGUCGUGUAGAAGAUUGGAAAGGUCAUAAAAUUGAGCAAUUUGGCGAACUUUUACUUGAAGAUGUAUUCACUAUGUCUAAAGAUGAUUCUGAACGUGAAUAUCAUGUAUAUUUAUUUGAAAAGAUUUUACUUUGUUGUAAGGAAACAAAUUCAAAAAAACAACAAAUAGAAAAUCGGGGUGGUGAAAACGGUCGGUCUGGGGUAUUGUCAUUAAGAAUAUAUUGGCGAGGGGAUAGCGAGAUGGAGUCUUUUUCUCUCAAAUGUCGAAAUGAAGAACAACUUAAACAAUGGAAAUCUACAUUAGAAAAAUUGUUACCAGGAGAUAGUAAUCAUCGUCAUACAAUGACGAAAGGACAAUUAGAUAAUACUACUCCUCCGAAACGCCCUGGAGUAUCAAACACACAGUUGGCAUCUUUGCAGAACCUUGACCUUCCUUACUUUCGCCGAGAUGGUAGGCCGAAAACCAACGAGUCUGUAGCACCUCCACCUUAUGGUUGGGAUCCAAAUUCACCACCGUUGCCAAAUACACAUCCACAACACCGAUCACACUCAUCAGUUCAAAAUUUGUCCCGAAAUGGUAAUUCAACUGCACCCCCAACCAUGGCUACGUUCCCGUCAAACGCUAUGAUGCAGGUGGAAAAUAAUAUGGGUUAUUUUCCGAAUUCUCCACCACCUUCAUAUCCUGGUUCUCCAGCUCCAUCUACUCGUAGCAGUACAACUUCACAUUCAAGCUCUAAUCCUGUUGCUAUAUGGCAACGUAGAAGUGUUGAGCAUCCAUCGCCUCUUGCAGGCACUAUUGCAAAAUUUAUGAAUGAAGAUGAUGAAUAUAGUAUUAACCCACCACCACUACCAAUUCAACGUUCUCAUUCUCAUAGUGCUGCCCCAGGUCAAACAUUUAAUCAAGUUAAUGGACCUGCGCCUAAUUUGCCAAAUCACAACGUUGUAAAUCGCCUAAGAUCACAAAGUAGUCCAAAUAUCCAAGCCAUUCAGGAAUUACAAUUUGAAAAUACAGAACCUGUGCCUAGCAUUCCGAAUUCUAGUAACCCUGCGCGUCAAAAUGUUACUAAUGGGUUUCAAUCAAUAGAGAUAGAACAACGAAGUAGUGGGUCAAGCAAUUCCUCACAAACUUCUGGACAAUCUCUUCAUACUACUAAUUCAACAAAUUUAUCUACAAAUAAUAAUUUGUUGUCACCUCAAAGUGACCAAAAGAAGCAACAUUCUUUAUCUAAUUAUUCUACGACUAUGAAAAUUAAAGUGAAUUUUGCUGAAGAUGUCUUUGUGAUAGUUGUCCCUCAAGAUAUUGAAUACAGGGAAUUAUGUGAUCGUGUGGAACGUAAAAUACGCUUAUGUUCUACACGAAGGGAUGAAAGCGUUCCCAUUCGAAUUAGAUACCAGGAUGAGGAUGGUGAUCAUAUUACAAUUAAUUCUGAUGAAGAUGUUUCAAUGGCAUUUGAAGGUAGACUAGCCGCGGGUGGAAAUUUUGUUAAUUUGUAUGUAAGCUGA